AGAGCACACACUACACCACAUGUGCGUCGAGCGAAAGAGCAAGCAGGGGCGAGAAAACACGCGUUAGCAGAGAGCAUUCUGGAGAUAUUUAUAUUUGAAAAAAGUAAUAUUUCGAGCAAAAUGUCUACCUCGGGACGCAAGCGCAAGCAGCAGCUAAAGCCGCGCCAGGAUGAUCACAGAUCGCCGAUAAAGCGCAACAGUGUGGACAUUAAAAAGGAGCCGCUUGACAGGGGAUACCCGGCGCUGGCCGACUAUGACCUGAGCAGCGCCGACAUCAAGCCCGAUUUGACAGAGCUCCAUCUGGAGAUGGCGGCGUCGGGCCGUCCACAGCCCCCAGCUCAAAUCGGACCCGACCUAGAAAAUCAGGAGAGUGACUCAGACGAAGACGGCUACUCUGAGAUAAACUACGAGGCGGCGGAUAUCUUUACCCAAGACGAAGUGGACGACUAUGAUCCGGAGUGGACAACGCAGCAGUCCAGCACUCGCCUGCUCUUCAAGUUCAACACACCGUUGCAGCAGACGGGCCUGAAGGGCGGCAAGAACUACAUGGGUCCCCAGCACUACUUCAACCAGAUUCUCGGCCACCGGGGCACGUUCUUCUUCUCGCUGGCCAAGAGCUGCAACAUGCAUGCCAAUGGCGGCAACCUGACCCACGCCGAGGAGAUGGAAGCAUUUGUGGGCCUCUCCCUCCUCAUGAGUGAUGUGAAGCUGAGCGAGCUCUCCGACUACUGGAACAACAAAGCGCACUACGGAUUUGUUGGUUUCAAUGAGAAGAUGACCCUGGAACGCUAUCGCCAGCUGAUGCAGUGGCUCAACUUCGAUGCCCUCGAUGUGAAGGGGAAGAGCAAUGGAGAGGAUUACAAUAAAUUGCUGGCAUUCAUCAACGAACGCAUGGCGGAGCUGUAUGUCUGCGGCCAGCAGCUGGUGCUCAAUGACCCAGUGACCCUAUGGAAGGGCAGAUUCAGCUACAAUCAGGAUUUGGCGCACAAAUUCCGUAGCAAUGCGUUCCUUCUACACAUGCUUACGGAGCAGAGCGGCCUGGUCAUUAAAGUUCUCCCAGAGAUUGUGCUGCGAGAGAAAGCAGGCUCAUGGGUUCGUAAUUCCCGACAGUUGGUGGAGCACCGAAAUGAACUGGCCCUGAAGCUGGUGGGGGAUCAUCAGGAGGGACGAACUGUUUACGCGUCCAAGUUCUAUGGCAGCUAUGGCCUUGCCUUUGAGCUGUCCAAAGUGAACACCUACUGCACUGGACUGCUGGACAGGAAUAGGUAUGGCAACAGCAAGGCCUUGGUGCAUCAGCAGCUGACAUCGAACAGCAUUGCCAUGUGGUAUGCCACUCCCCCAUUGAUGAUGGGCAAGUGGCGGCGUCGCGAGAAGAGUUUGUACUUCUUUAGCUCCGAUUGUCUGGCCAUCUAUUCGAAAGAGAUGUCCAUGCAAAAGACAAAUGCCCGACCGAAGCUCAUCCAGGAGAUAGACCGGCAAUUGCGGCCGGCCAACAACACUAGACAGCAAUUGAUUGAGUAUCAGCCGACUUGCCAGGGCCUGCAGUCGGACAAAAAACUGGCCAUCUUUCUGCUCAAUAUGAUUGUCUACAACUCGUAUCUGCUGUACCAGAACAAUACCCCACUGCCGCGAGGAGGAGAUGGCACACUGAAGUAUAAAAACUAUCCCGAAUUUCGUGUGGCAAUCAUUCGGUCGCUGCUUAGGUUGGAGACGGCGGGCACGGAGCCAACUGUUGCUGCCACGAGCCCAAACAAAGCCGAAGUACCCGAGAAGAUCAAGAAGGUGACGGUGAUCCCGGAGAUGAAGUUAAUCACUACCAUACGACAUGACCCGAUCCUUAUACACCAGAAUGGUAAGCCAGCACGAAAGAAUUGUCGCUACUGCCACAAAGGUGGCAUGCUGCAGUACAGCAAAUACAUGUGCAACAGUUGCCCGGACAAGCCAGGUCUGUGCCAAGAUCCCUGCUUCCGCCUGUGGCACGAGCAGCUCAAAAAGUAGAACCUCCACAUUUCAUUGUAUAAGCAGAUUAAAGAUUAAAUUAUAUAAAGCCCCAAA